AUGGAUAACCCUUCACAACAACAACCUAUUAGAUUCUUUGAAGUGUUUAGAAAUAAGAUCAUUUAUAGAAAGAUAUUCUCAUUCAUACCACUUGGUGAUAAGUUAUCUAGACCAUUGGAUAAGAUCACAGAUGCUCAAUGGAUAUGUGAACGCAACUAUUAUGAACUGCUGCGUGAUAUCGUAUUGAACACCAACAAGAAGUUGAUCUACUCGCCCGAGUCACUACAUCGCAUCUGUCAACAUGUUCGCGAUAUCGAGCUCUUUGACGCCAUCUACCGCGCACAGGACGAGUUUGACAAGUCUGUGUGCGCCAUUGACUAUGCAGCGAUCACUGGCAACUUGGAGAUCAUCAAGCUGAUCGAGAAGCACGCGACACGCACACCUCGCGCCACCACCAAGGCCAUCGACAAUGCCGCAUCAAACAAUCAUCUCGAGACACUACAGUACCUGCAUUAUACACGUGCCGAUGGCGCGACCGUCGACGCCAUGGACAAUGCAGCAGCAGGUGGCUUCAUCGAUACCAUCAAGUGGUUGAACAGCAACAGGUCAGAGGGAUGCACACAUCUUGCCGUCGACAAGGCAUCAGAGCGUGGACAUUUGGAGGUUGUCAAGUUCUUGACCGAGGCCAACAAACCAGCCACAAUCGCAGCCAUGAACAAUGCUUCACUUAACAAACACUUUGACGUCGUCAAGUACCUUAAUGCUAACAGGACAGAGGGUUGUACUACCGAUGCUAUUGAUUACGCUGCGGAGGCAGGAUCAUUGGAUAUAGUACAAUAUUUAACAGAGAAUAGGACUGAAGGCUGUACAUUCUCGGCAAUGAAUGGUGCUGCCAAGAAGGGACAUCUGGAGGUGAUCCAAUAUCUACAUGCCAAUAGAACAGAGGGCGCGACAUCGAGUGCAUUGCUGUCGGCCUGCAUGGGCCUCAACUUGGAGGUGAUCAAAUUCUUGGUGCUCAAUCGCACUGAGCCCAUCUCUGAGUUUUGUUUCGAUCAGGCUUGUUACGCUGGCAGUUUGGAAAUUGUCAAGUUCCUGGAUUCACAUGGAUUCGUUGCCAAGCCACGAUCAAUGGACCGCGCUGCCCAAGGUGGCAAACUAGACAUUGUCGAGUAUCUUCACAUCAAUCGAUCAGAGGGCUGUACAACAGAGGCCAUGGAUAUUGCAUGCACAAGAGGCUUCCUGAAUAUAGUACAAUUCCUUCAUAACAAUAGAACAGAGGGAUGCACAGAUCGUGCAUUUGAUUCAGCGGUUCAGUUUGGACAUUUGGAUGUGAUGAAGUUCCUUCAUCUCAAUCGUACGGAGGGUCUCACCUCUAGAGCAAUGCAACAUGCAGUCAACUCUGGUAAUUUGGAAAUUGUACGGUUCUUGGUGGAGAGACGAUCAGAGUGUUCAGUUGCCGACACAAAGUAUCAAUACGAAGCCAAUCACCAGGAGGUACAUGAGUAUCUAGAGUCAAUUAGAAGCAAGAAGAGGGCAUUGGCAGCAUUGGCAGCAUCACCAGCAUCACCAAGCAGGUAA